AUGCCGAAUACAAAGCCAGGCCCAUCGUCAAAUAUUCUCCAGGAUGUUCGUGUUCCACGUGCAGAAACGGUAAGUUACAGAAUAUUUUAUAAUUUUUUAAUUUUUACCACUACCCCUAACUCUACCUUCAUCUUUAUGGCUAAUUUUCAGUACCAUUUCAAUGAAAACCAAUGUGCAAGCGGCGGCAAACAGAUGAUGAUAGUCGACAAGUCUCGAAAAGUCAGUUUUUCAUUUUAAUUUAUUUGUAUUUGUUGGGUUUAGGAAGGGAAAGUGUAAAAUUUGGUCAGGUUUCUGUGCUAAAUUUCUUUUUUUUUUGUUGUAAAUCAACAAAGGGACAAUGUUCACGUUUUAAAAAAAACUUUUAAUUUUAGACUGUCAUAAACUAUCAUGUCACUAUCAACUUCAAUGCCAGAGAUGACACACUUAUCAGAACGCUAAGCUAUAAUGGAAUAUAUUUGCGUACAAUGCCUGUAAGUGACCUCUGAUAUUGUCUUUGUUCUAGACCUUGCCUAGGUCUUAGCAGCCUUAGUUUUUAGCCCGGGCCAGAGCCAUAACCUAAGCCUUAGCCGAUGCUCUAAAAUAUGCCGUAACCCUAGCCCCAGCCGUUUCUCAAUAGGUUUCAACACUUAUUGUUUUAUAAGCAUAAACCUUUGUUAAUUCCUUCCGCCCCUCUCUCUCUAUGAUCUUAAUUUCCUACUCUAUUUUAGAUAAAAGUCAAAAGAUUACCAAGGUACCAGAAGCGCUUCUCAUUGGUUUACAGAGAUGUCUGCGCACAGAUUCGACGGAAUAUGCGGCCAAAAAUUAGAAGCGAAUAA